AUGAACCAGGCAGGGCUUGCAGAAUGCAUUGUACGAGCUGUCAAUUCAUGCCACCCUCAUCUUCACCCGGUGCUUUAUGAAAGCAUUAUUUUGACUGGUGGAAGCACAUUAUUUCCUCAUUUUGCUGAAAGACUAGAAAGGGAGCUUCGACCUCUGGUUCCUGAAGAGUACAAAGUGAAGAUAACAACUCAAGAAGACCCAAUUUUAGGCGUUUGGCGUGGGGGAUCACUUUUAGCAUCGAGUCCUGAUUUUGAGGCAAUGUGUGUCACCAAGGCUGAGUAUGAAGAGCUGGGUUCUGCUAGGUGCCGCAGGAGAUUCUUUCAU